CAUUUCUUCCUCCAGUAAGCCCAAGUCGUAUCUGUUCAACAAAAUCCAAGCACGCUCUUCAUCAAUCGACAGCUUACUUGGCACCGACCGAUAUCACUCAACCCGAUCACGCAAUGAGUCUCAGCGACACACCUGUCGGCUUCGUUGGGCAAUGGAUCCACCAACAAUCCAAAUUACACCUUCCACCCACCUGGAAAGGUGGCUGGGAACGCUGGGCCCAGGGCCAAAUCGCAUUGUUCAUGGAGGGACAAAACGGCUACCAGGUCUGGACGGAAGAACACAUCUAUAGAGACAACCCAACUGAUGCUGUUGAUCUCGAGUUUCGAAAGCCCGCUGGAAUAAAUGGGGUUCGGACAUUCCUCGAGCUCAAAUGCUACAGCGCAACCAACGAAGAUUCGGCUCAGACGUUUAUUACCCGGGUGUUGCAGGACUACGACAAGGUGCAGAGGCGGCUGACCUCUGGCGUGCCUGGCGAGCCCAAUGCAAGAGGCUCGACUUUGUGGGUUAUUGGCAUCUCUCAACGGCAGUUCAAAAACUGGAUUGAGGACACCGGCAGUGGUAAUGUGAAAUGGCAGCAGUUCCAAUCCGUGGAUGUUACAGGUGAAGGAAUUGGUGGUUCACAAGGCACCUUUGAUCUCUGGUAUUGGCAUUACACCAAUAAUAACUAGGAUGCCCG